AUGUGUGGUCACAGCGGCUUCCCAUCAGAUUCUGAUGGAGAAUCAGUCGCCGAGACUACUGCAGACACAACUGACGAUGGUGCCAACGCAGCGUCCCCAGAGAAGCGUUUGGAAGAGGCUGUCGUGCCCCAUAGCGCUGCCGAUCGCUCAACAAGUGGCGUUGCAGAGGCCAACAGAUUCCAGAAGGAUGACCAGCUGGUUGCAGGAGCCAAAACGCAGUCUGUGAAGAGAGCAUUGCCUGAAGGAAGCUGCCAGCUUGAAGGACAACGCGACGCAAUGAAACGGCUGAAAUCCAGCUUUCAGCUCGAAUGA